AUGAAGCAUGGGCUCUUUUUGGAACCAACAUGCUCAGCCCAGCUCAAACAGCCUUGUGUGCCAGUUUCAGGAUCGAACUCGUCAAUUUCCAACUUGGCCAUGUCACCACCCGCCAAAAUGAAAACAGGUCGACCUCCAGAAACUUUUUGGCUGGCAUCCACAAAUGCAAAAAUUGCUAUUGACGAGUUCGAUCCUGAAACUUUCGCACAAGGUAGUUUCGACCAUGCUGAGCAUGCUGGUAUCAAAAAGAGCCCAUGUUUCAUUGAAAGGUUUUGA